AUGGCCAGCAAGUGCGUCCAGCCCCAAGGUGCUCUCACGCACCAGCUAGCCAUCAAAGAUGUCUUCAACCGCUUGUCAGAGCGUGAGCAGCUCUAUGCACAUCAUCUGUCCAAGGCGGCCUGGCACGGGGCCAGGGUGAUCAUGAGCCAGACCUCUCCAGAGUCCAACUCCAUCUUCGAUCUCAUCAUGGAACUGCACAAAUCAUGUGGCGGUGAUUGGAAUCACUUUGUGGAGGAAGGCAAAGUCACCGAAGUAGAGUUGUCGGCAUUUCUCGACUACGCUGCAUUGUUCCUGAGCAAUAUCGGCAACUAUUUUGCCGACGGGGGAAGGAAGAUCAUCACGAACCUCUCUCGACAUGCACUCGAGAGGCUGGCCACAUGCUCGCCCGAAGCCCUCUCUCUGCUCAAGGGUGUUAUUGACCCUAUGCUAUCAACCUCCCCUUCCAGCAUCGGAUAUCCCAGCGACACCGCCCAGGCCAAUUACUACCUGGGAGAUCGAAUCACACCAGACGAGCUGGACUUAGUCUCCGAAGCCAUGGAAGCACGUGCCAUCAAGCCGGAGAACACUCGAAUCCUCAAGAAGCAGGGAGACCAGGGACAGACUGUUUUUGACGUCUUGCAGGCUUCCGCUGUUGCAGGAUACCUCGACCUGUUGGACGAUGUGGACGAGCUCGGCAUGGUUAUCCGCGUUUGCGGCGAGGACCAUCGUGAAGCGAUGGCAAAUAUUUGCCAAUCUUUGGGGAGGGCAAAGGAGUAUGCCGGCAACGAGAAACAACGACAAGUCAUCGACCACUACAUCGCUAGCUUCCUGACGGGAAGCCUAGACGCAUUUCGCGAUGCCCAGAGGGUGUGGGUCACGGACAAGUCUCCUGCCAUCGAAUCAGUGUUCGGAUUCGUCGAGCCAUACAGAGACCCGUACGGCGUCAGAGGUGAGUGGGAGGGGAUCGUCUGCAUCUCCGACCCGAAUGAGAGCUCCAGUCUGAGGCAGCUCGUCGAGAUGUCGGACACCUUCAUCCGGUUACUACCUUGGGCCGUACCCGGCGUGAACAAUGGCAAAGGGCCUUUCGAGAAGGAAGUUUUUGAAGCGCCAGACUUUUCAAGCGUGCAUGCACUUGCAUCAUGUUCAAGCAUCGUCUGGAAUGGGAUCAAUCUACCGAAAUACAACGACAUCAGGGAGACAUGCGGCUCAAAGAAUGUCAUAGUGGCGAAUCGAGUUGCUGCUGAGAACGACAGAGCCAGCCCUUGCCAUUAUGUCCACCCACAAGAGGUAGGGCGCUACAAGGAUUGCAUGCCCAGCGUCAAAAACAUCACAACCGCAGUUCAUGAACUGUUCGGCCACGGGACUGGCAAACUCCUGAGUGAGACGCAUCCGUGGGUUUAUAACUUCGACAUGGCCAAUCCUCCCCUCAAUCCUCUUACCGGCAAGCCAGUGAGAACCUGGUACCUCACUGGUCUAACCUGGGACCGUUUAUUUGGGGAGAUUGCUGGUGCGGUAGAGGAAUGCCGAGCUGAAGCCAUGGCGAUGUACCUCAUCGACAACAAAGAGCUCCUUUCUCUCUUUGGACACGAUGACACGACACCGAUAACAGCCGACGAAAUUAUUUACAACACAUAUAUUUCCAUCGGUGUAGCUGGACUUCAGGCAUUGGACUUCUACAACAUCGACGAACAGGCAUGGGGUGAGGCUCAUCGUAGUGGCCAAUUCGCGAUCUUGAAGCACCUGCUUCUUGAGGGCCAUGGCGUCUUGACUGUCGAGCAUGAUGAGGCACUUGGGAGCCUGACCGUCAGAGUUGACCGCGGCAAGUUGUUGUCUCACGGUAAACCAGCCUUGGGACAACUGCUCACUUGCCUGCAUAUCUGGCGUUGCACUGCAGAUGUCAAGCCUUGCACCAAGUACUACAAGAUCCUUUCUGCAGUCGAGGGGAGGUACGAGGAGUGGAGGAAGAUCGUGGCAUCCAAGCCCAAGCCCCGCUGGAAGUUUGCGCAGGCAAACACCUUCCUGAGAGGCGAGGAAGUCGAGCUCAAGGUGUAUGAUGAGAGCAAUGAAGGUAUCAUUCAAUCGUGGGCUGAGAGGGAGCUGUGA